CGAGAAGUGUCGGGUCGACCGGUCGGUGUCCAGAUCUGCAGCAGUGUCUGCUAGUUCAGCGACGCGACCAGUGCGCACACACGAAACAUGCAUGCAAGCAACAAAAAUGCACCUUGACAACAAGAGGACGCUUUCUUCGCGUAGCUAUCUACGGUAUUUUUGUGGGUCGUGUCACGUUCGUUUUACAAAUCAAGAAUCGAAUCAUUUCCUUGCCUGAGAAAAUAUGUUGCAUGCUCGUGAAUGAAAAAGGUUUCUUCCUCUGGCCGGAGCUCCUUGGCUUGGUGGUUUACAACGUAAAAUUGGAAAUCCGGAGCACUGUUGCAGAAUUCUGUAGGUGGGGGCUUGUGUUUAGCUGUAUCUGUUUUACCAGCGGCGCUCUUUAUCGAGGUAGCAAGCCGGUGUCGUUGUUGUUGGAUUUCGGUGCUCGCCUGAGACACGCCAUGUUUGGAGAUGGAAGAUGAAGAUGUACCGCCGUCCAGCAGUAUUUCGGGACUGGCUGUUCCUGGAUCUGUUGUCGAUAGUGCUAUCGCGUCACAGCACACCACGCCAAUAAGCAGUCGGGCGGCAUCCUCAUCUGCGACACCUCACUCUACAAAUGGUCCUGGUAAUGUACGCUCAUCGGCUGGAAGUCCUGCAGUGCUAAAUGUUGCGUCAAGUCACAGCUCCGAACCAUUCUCGGCUAUUCGCAGUGAUGUUAUUCCACCUGAGCUGGCAUCGCAGUCCACAACAUCACCACUUUGUCAGAUUUACGAUGAGUUUGGGUUUGAAGUGAACGAUGAAGAUGCUCGCCUUGCACUCCUAUGCCCGCAGAUGAUAGAAGAUCCGAUGCUGCGACUCCGCUGGCAGGCGUACCUUGAGUUCAGGCACAACCAGGAAGUGAAAGAUUUCUCCUGGGAGCAGUUGGCUGAUCACCUGCCUCAAGAUGACAAGCUGGAGGAACUGGUCAAGUGUGGUGUGCCACACCGCAUGCGCGCUGAGCUAUGGCCAAGGCUUUGUGGAGCCCGGGCUAAGCAACGCUCCAGCACAGUCUCUUAUAAGGACCUGCUGGCACGUGCACUGGACUCAUCCAUUCAUGGAGUGGCUCGGCAAAUUGACAAGGACCUAUUGCGGACCAUGCCGCAGAGUGGUUGCUUUGCUCGGCUAAACUGUCCAGGUGUCAAGAGCUUGCGGAACAUCUUGCGCUGCAUAGCAGAGGCUUUCCCGGAGAUUGGUUACUGUCAAGGAACAGGGAUGAUCAUUGCAUCAUUGUUGCUGAUUCUGGAUGAAGAGACCACUUUCUGGAUGAUGGUGAAGCUCAUCGAGGAUAUCCUACCUCCGGAAUAUUACGGCGUCACACUGAUCGGUGCCCAGACUGAUCAGCGUGUGUUGCGGCAGUUGGUAAAGACACACUUACCACCUGUGGACAAAGUCUUGGAGGAGAACAACUUAGAGUUAUCAAUGAUCACGAUGCACUGGUACAUUACGGUGUUUGCAUCGGUUCUGCCUUUCCCGGUUCUUCUUCGUAUUUGGGACCUUUUCUUCUACCACGGUUCUGUGACUUUGUUCCGUAUUGCUCUGGCAAUGUUCAAUCUCAAGGCUGAAGACAUUUCCAAUGCCGAUGGUCUAGCACAGCUGUGUAGCUGCCUGCAAGAGUUACCCUCAGAGAUGAUUGAUGCACAAGUGCUUGUGGCUAUGGGAUUUGACAUAACUGAUUCGCUAACACCAGCAGCACUCAGUGCACAUCGGCAGGUUCACUACGCUGCGCUGGCCGAGAUCCUGAACAACAGUCAACCUACACCCAAGCCUGUGUUUGAGCUGUCAUCUGGUCUCUCUUCUCGACUAGCAUCUCGGAGAUCCAACAAGCCGGCGAAUAUUGUCCAACAAGAGAUCGUCACCACACUGCGUGACAACAUUCGAAACAUCGUGCAGCACUUCAAAACGAAUUGUGGGAUUCCUGAGAUGCCAGUGGAUUAUUCGAAUGAAAGUCACCUGCAAGACUACAUCACCUAUGCACAGUCAUUCCGCAAUCACCGGCGGAGGAGAGCGAGAGCACUGGUUGACUUUGAGCGGCAAGAGCAUGACGAGCUGGGAUUCAAUCGCCAUGACAUCAUCACGAUCAUAUCUCAGAGGGAUGAGCAUUGUUGGAUCGGUGAGGUGAACAGCAUGCGUGGUUGGUUUCCAGCAAAAUUUGUUGAGCUCCUGGAUGAACGCAGCAAACUGUACUCGGCUGCUGGCGAUGACUCUGUGAAUGAAGCUGUUGCUCAUCUUGUGCGCGGAGGGUUCUGCUCGGCAUUACGUGGCAUAUUUGAUCACGGCCUGCGAAAACCCAAGCUUUUCGGCAGAGUCAUGCAUCCAUGGUACUUCAUCGAGGAGGCAAGCCGUGCUGAAGUCAGCCAAGAUUUCCAGUCUGUCUUCUCUCGUCUUGUUCUGAGUAAGACCUUCUGUUUGGAGAAAGACGGCAAGGUUCUAACUCCCGAGGAGAUGCUUUAUCGGAGCAUGGAGGCUGUGAACUUAUCCCAUUCCACUGUCGGUGCGCCCAUGGAUGUCAAGUUCCGGUCUCUGAUUUCCGCUGGAUUAAAUGAGCAGGCACUUCACCUGUGGUUUGAGACACUGUGCCUGUCACGUUCCGUGGUGGAGCGCUGGUACGAGCCAUGGUCCUACAUUCGCAGUCCAGGCUGGGUGCAGAUCAAGUGUGAACUUCGGCUCCUUGCAGCAUACAGCUUCAAGUUAUCACUGGAUUGGGAAAUCUCCAGUUCACCACAGGUAUCGCAGCCACUGAAGGACAGUGUCCGUGAUAUGCUUAUCAAGCAUCACUUAUUCAGUUGGGACCUGUGAGACUUCAUCUGGGAUCUGGGAGACUCACUUAUUCAGUUGGGAUCUGUGAGACUCACAGCUACCGCUUGCAAGAACCUGAGGUCAUUCACGGGAAGGCCUGCAUGGUAUACUGACAUUCUAGCUGUACAUGUCUGCUCCAAGCACACUAGCUACUAUGCAUGUACUACUGCCCCACCAACAGUUACUGUUACAUCAUCACACUAGGCUACGGUUACUGUUACUCUUGCAUCACACAAGGCUAGUUGGCGAGUGUUCUUGCUGGCAAGCACUCUCUCAGCGUGCAUGAUCUUUCAUUUUGUCCUGCUGAAGAAGAAAUUUGCAGUUAUUAUUUUCUCCAGUUGAACAUACUUUUUUUAACAUCAUCUAAGACGCAUUCAGGAAACUUCCUGCCAUAAUUACUGCCAUAUUGACUCUCAUCCCCAAAUAUGGGACCCAUAUCUCAUUGACCCUGAGAACCAGGAUCCCCUCCAGCUCCGGUGAGAGAUCGUUCCCAUGAAAUUUCCAUAUUUUCCUGUUGAGUUUCUGUACGCUAGUUAUUUCUGCGCUCAUCCGCCCGUUCUCUCUCACGCGCAUUAUCACAUCUUUGAUUUUAACCUUAGAAAUAAAUAGGCGCAGCAGCGACUGUCUUUAUAUAA